GUAGUGAUAAGAUGGAUGCACUCAUGGCUAGACUGGUGGAAUUAGGAGUUCAAUGUGAAGAUGACCUGAUCCUUGUGGAGGCCCCGGACAUUCAGGACACUCUGCCACUCAUUCAGUGCAGAAGACUCGUUAAAGCUUUCCAAGGAGAGUGAUGAUCUGCCCCCAACACCACCUGCCCACUCCCCUUCCUGUGAGCCAUAUUCCAUACCAUGGCACAAAAUGCCCUCAAAGCUCAUGGAUGUGUUGGGUGAAAAUAAAUGGGUAAAGUCGAAAGAAAGACUACAGAUGGUUCGGAUCGUUGUUGAAGAUUACCUCCAUAAACACCCUGGAAGACCUGGUAGAUCCAAGCUGAUGGAAAUCGCCAAGAACAUUGUAGGACAAUAUCAUCUGUCUUUCAAACAGACAGAGCCCUUUGGAAAUAUGCCGUUUGCAAAAGAUGGUUGUGGUCCUCUCUUUACCCAGCUAGAAAACAGAGUUGAAAAUAUUAAGAGAACAUCAACCCCAGGAAAGAGGCGAGCAGAGGGUGGAGAGGGUGAAGUUCAGCGGAAGAAAAAGUCAAGAAAUUCCGAUCGUUAUGGAUGUGUGGAGUGGGAUGUUGCUGUCGAGGGAACUGAGAGUAGAGCAGAACUGCUGUCAAAACGAAAUGAAUUGAAAAGUGCCUUCAAAACCCAUGAUCCUCAGGAGUCAUCUGUUCGAAAACUGAUGGCUGAAACAUAUCCCAUCCAGCGUGAAACCAUCAACGAUGGAACCAAUGUAAAGGUCCUAAAGGAAGAGUGGCCAUUUCUAUUUGAAGCUGCUCACCUGUUUGAUCAUGCAUCUAGACUCCUUGGCUUUUCGGUACAAAACAAGCUGGCACAGGAGCUUUCCAAAAAAGAACCGGGGAUCAACAACUUCCUUGACACCAAAGGGAUGAAGAUGGGUGAAGGUCCAGUACAGCUGAUCUGUGGCAUUGUAAGAUACUUCAAGGAAAACCCUGAUCACCUUUUCUGCAAAAAUGAGGACUCCGCGGAUGCUGAACUCAGCCUCCCCUGUACCCCAUGCAUCCUAAUCAGAGGUGAUCAUCUAUUCGAGAUUGCUGUUGAUCAGGAAGUUGUGAAUGACCACAUCACCUCCCCCAUUGUGGCCCUGAGCUAUGCUUUCUGCUUGUUUUAUGUCUGCAACAUUGAAUAUCCAAAGGAGAUGUCUCUUACCCUGGAAUUCAUGCAAAGGUAAGCAGCUCAUUGUUUUGAAAUGUAUAAGCUGGGGUAUUCAAAUUCUGAGACUGAGGGCUUCCCACCAGACAAAGCAUGUAAAAAGGUAUCCAC